AAUAAAAUGGUGCAGUGCUCUGGUUCUGGACUCUGGAUGCCGCGUUUUUAGUGAUUUCCUUUGACUGCUGCAAUUGUGUCACUAUCUCAGAUUUAUUGUCGAUAUUGUCAGCACUAAGUUCAUUGAAAAUGGAAACAAAUUCAAAUCCCAUAGUUGAUAUGCAAUCUUGUCGAAUAUGUCUCACUAAUAGUAAGACUUUAUGUCCAUUAUUUAGGUACAAAUUGUCUGGAAACUACGCAGAAAUGCUGACAGCAAUUGCCGAUGUAAAAGUCUCUUGUAAUGAUGGACUACCUGAAAGGAUAUGCCUUAAGUGUUGCACGACUUUGGAAAAGGCGUACUUGCUCAAGACAGUUGCUGAGAGGUCUGACAGAAAACUUAGAAAACUUUUAGCUAAAUCCAAAGGCAAUGUACUAACAAAGAAGAUAGCUUUUGACUCAUUUACUGACAUCAAAAGUGAAAUUGGAACUAUAAGUGUUAAAUCAGAACCCAAAUGGGAUUUAGAAUUGAGUCUUGACAGUGAGAAUAAAAUGCCUGUGGAAACAGUUGAUGGAAAAGAUAUUGUAAUUGCUAAUACUGUAAUAAGAAAGGUUGAUUCUACUAUGGAUGCACCAAAGGUUGAAGUUAUUGGUGAAGGCGAUGCUGCUCAGAUCACUUGGAAUAAAAGGGAACCAUCAGAGGAUUCUGAUGACGACUAUGUGGAUGCUGCUGUCCGAGAUGAUGAUGACGAUGACGAUUACGUCCCACCAGUGGAAAAUAAAAAAAUAAAAUUCAAGAAACCAAAACUGUCUGAAAUCAAGGUUUUCAAGGAGAAACCCAUUGUACGUAAAAUCAAAGUGAUCAAAAGGUACCGAUCAGAUGACAAUGGUUCGAAUUUAUCUAAUUUCAACACAAAAACAACUUCGAUUACAUGUUAUCCCAUUUUAAAGAAUGGCACAAGAGGAUCACCUAUCAUCUUGAAACGCCCUAAAGAUUCAACAUUACUAAAGGUGCACUCAUCAUAUAAGCCUAGAACACAAUCUACAGUUGAUGGACCAAAGGCUAUGCAUAGAGAAAAACCUAUACGCAUGGUAAAAACUGCAACUCCAAAACAGAAGGAAAAACUUGUUUGUCCUGUUUGUGGUAUACUAACAUUUACUUUGGGUAACCAUAUGUCAACUCACCAAGAGAAAAAGCGAUUUGCAUGCCCUCAAUGUCCUAGGACAUUUGCUCAAAAGACAAAUCUUCAGACUCACGUUAAACAGCAUACUGGUAUAAAGGAUCACAUUUGCGAGGUGUGCGGAGCUGGUUUCUAUAGUCAGAAAUCAUUAGUCAGACACAAUUUAAUUCACAGAGGAGAAAGGCCGUUCUCGUGUAAUUUGUGCAGCAAACGAUUCAUUGCUCGUUGCGAUCUGAAUCGUCAUCUGCGAAUUCACUCCGGUUACAAACCGUUCAAGUGUAACACGUGCACGAUGUCGUUCAAUGCGAAACAUCAGUUACAGAAUCACGAGAGGAUGCACACUGGGGAGCGUCCGUACACUUGUCAGGUAUGCAACGUUGCCUUCAGCUACAAAGUGAACCUGAACAAUCACGUUUUCAAAGCGCACGGCAUAAAUUUGAAGUUCAAAUCUAUUCACACGGUCACGGAAGAUAUUCUGCGUAGAGAGAUGGGAUUGGAGAACGAAGCGAAUCUUACCAUAGCGCACAUAAUACCGCAAGUGGGAGAAGUGCCGGCCGCAGCCGCACACGAAACCGUUAAUCAUACGUCUGAAUAUUGAUUUUGUGUUUAUAUUCAUUCUCGUUACGUCACUACGGACUACUACAUGGUUAUUGGAUUAUACAGGGCGGGAACGACGGUAUCUUUUUUUUUAAAGGGAUUUUAUGACCUGGUAACUAAGACCUUUAGGUCAAAAUGACGGUAUCGCUUUAAAUCGAACGACCUCAAUGUUGUAAUGUUUCAAGGCCGCACACAAAAUACCAUACGAAUAGCCUAGACCAGCGGCUCUCAACAUUAAAGGCUAAUAAUAAACAUUAGCAUCGCAAUCAAAUUAUUUUAGACAAAUCCGAAACACCCCUACUUACUUAUAUACAAGAAUAUUGAUAGUUCAAGUGAAGGCACCAUUCUUAAAUUAUACAUCACUAGCUGACCCGGCAGACUUCGUAGUACCUCAAUCGAUAAAAUGAAAUAAACGACCUAAGCUUUUGUAUAAAAUAAACUUAAAACAAACAAAAAGAA